AUGGAUGGUACUCUUAUCAACACGGAGGACAUCUACACUGAGGCAGCCACUGAGGCUCUUGCUCUCUAUGGCAAAGGCCCUUUGACAUGGGAUAUCAAAAUCGAUUUGCAGGGGAGACCUGGUCCCGAAGCUGCUCAAAGAGUUGUUGACUUUUUCGAAUUGCCUGUUACCAGAGAGGAGUUUAUGAGAAAGCUGUAUGAGGUACAAGAGACCAAAUGGGACCGUUCAGCCUUCUUGCCAGGUGCUUUAGAGUUGCUCGAAUACUUAAAGAAACAUAACGUUCCUAUUGGUUUGGCCACCAGUUCAAAUACCGCAAACUACGAGAAGAAGACCGCUCACCUUGAGCACGGCUUUAGCCUCUUUGACGGACAUAUUGUGACUGGUGAUGACUCUAGAAUUCCCCCUGGCUGUGGUAAACCCAAGCCAGAUAUUUGGUAUGCGUGCUUGAAAAGCAUUAACGACGCCAGAGAAAAGAAAGGUCUCGAGACAAUCAAGAUCGAGGAGUGUUUGAUCUUCGAGGAUGGAAUUCCAGGUGUUGUCUCUGGUAAGAAUGCCAAUGGAUACGUGAUUUGGAUCCCACAUCCUUGUGCUCUCAAGGAGCUCAACGGUAAAGAAAAGGGCAUUAUUGGUGAAGGUGGAGAGAUUCUCGAUAGCAUCGAGGAAUUCGACAAAGCCAAGUUUGGCCUCGACAGGUAA